UUUCUGUACUGGAUAAUUAACCAAGACUAAAUGAGUUGCCUCUUGCUCAAAGUUAACCAGUAAGAAUGAAGACAAAGAACUAUGGAGAUGCAUACUGAGAGAAGAAGCAUAACAUAAGGAGAUAUGAGGUAUGCAGGCCAAUCAUUGAGGUAUUGUUUAAUCACCAAUAUUCUCAAAAAGUUACACUUUUAACCUCCAAUCUUCCAUAAAAAAGGCUCGGAUACCAGCAGCUCACACUCGAACGAGAUAACCAUAAGCCAAAUAGCAUAGCAUUUAGAGAAAAGCCUGAACUGUCACAGGCUAACCAUGGAAACCCAGGGGAUUGUGGAUUGGAGAGGAAAUCCCAUUGACAAGAAAAAGCAUGGGGGAGUUAGAGCUGCAUUCUUCACCCAGUUCAUGGAGACGAUGACAACCAUUGGUUACAUACCAAGCUCAUUUAACUUGGUGACGUACCUUCAUGACAUCAUGCACACAGGAGUUGCAAAAUCUUCAACCAUGAGCACAAAUUUCACCGGCAUUACCUGUGCUUUUGCUCUGUUGGGAGCAUUCUUGUCAGACUCAUACACCACUAGAUUCAAAACCAUGCUUAUCUUUGGUCCCUUCCAGUUUGUGGGGUAUGGACUGCUAGCACUACAGGCACGUCAUCCCUCACUCCAUCCUCCACACUGCAACACCUCGGACCAAUUAAACGACUGUCAGCGAGUCCAUGGCUUUAACUUGGUUCUUCUUUACAUAGGACUCUAUACAAUCGCUCUCGGAGAAGGCUGCAUGAGAGCAUGCUUAGCACCCUUCGGGGGAGACCAGUUUGACAGCCAAGACCCGGAGGAGUCGCAACUCCAAUCCAGCUUCUUCAACUGGUUCACCUUCAGUAUUGGUGUAGGAGGUUUCAUAGGCCUAAUUUUCAUAGUGUGGCUUGAGAACAACAAGGGAUGGGAUUACAGCUUUGGAGUCUCGGCUCUUCUGUUUCUCAUAGGACUCUUAGUUCUAGCAAGUGGUUUCCCAUUAUACCGUAACCAGAAAUCAGAAGGAAGCCCUCUUACUCGGAUUUUGCAGGUAGAAAGAAUUGACAUUACAAAACUUUGGAAAGGGGUUUGUUUUUUCCAAUUAAUUUCAGUUUACUUAGCAGACUUCUUCCCUUUCAAGGUCUUUGUAUCAGCGUUCAAUAAGAGAAAUCUUACUAUGCCUGAAACAUUAGAAGAUUUGAAGCUGGACGAGAAGGAACAGACACUUCAUAUGGAAAAGAUUUCUCAUACGAAAGGAUUGAGGUUCCUUGACAAAGCUUGUAUAGAUGAUGGAAAAUCUGGACGCUGGUCAUUGUGCACUGUAACUCAGGUGGAAGAAACAAAGAUACUCUUCCGAAUGGUUCCCAUAUUCCUCACCUCUGUGCUCACUUAUACUCCUACUUUCCUGCUCUUAACAUUCACAGUGCAACAAGGAAAUACUAUGAACACCAAAGUAGGGAAGAUCCACAUCUCUCCCGUUAGUCUAUUUUUAAUCCCGAUUGUUCUUCAGACAGUGAUACUUGUGGUCUAUGACCGGUUCUUCGUACCCUUCGCUAGAAGGAUGACAGGCUACUCCAGUGGUAUCACUUACUUUCAACGCAUUGGUAUCGGUUUUGUGGUAAUAACAAUAGCAACUGGCAUUGCAGCGAUCAUAGAGAGAAAAAGACUGAAAAUUGUCGAAGAAAAUGGAUUAGAAGACUUAGGCACUGGCGUUCCAAUGUCUGUACUUUGGUUGUCCGCACAGUUCCUUUUUCUCGGCAUAACCGAUGCAACUGCAUUUCCAGGUCUAUUGGAGUUUUUCAAUAGUGAGGCCUCCAGAGGGAUGAAAUCCUUGGGUACCGCAAUAUUUUGGUGCACUCUUGGGUUAUCCUCCUUGAUGGGUACACUUCUGAUUGACAUCGUGAACAAAGUAACUAGGCACAGUGCCGAGGGAAAAGGAUGGUUAGAGGGGGACACGCUGAACCAGAGCCGUGUAGAUCUCUUUUACUGGCUUCUUUUUGCCCAUGGAGGGGUGACGUUCUUGAUUUAUUUAUACUUUGCAAAGAGGUAUGUGUACAGGUGUGAUCCUCGCAUUAAUAAUGCCGGGAAUACCAACUUAAUUGUAGUUCUUUAAUCCUCCCGUAGGGUAACAAUGUAAAGUAUUUCAACGGUAUGUUCAGGGAAAUUAAUUAAUAUGUUCUUAAAUAAAGCAAUUGAUGGAAUUCUAUGAUUGGCAGCAAAAGUAACUUUCUCAAUCCCAGUCUUUUAGGUUCCAUGUUUCCUCCUCCGAUCAAAGUUACCAUAACUAAAAAAUCGCAUAAUUUCAUAGAUAUAAUGUCAUAGUUUAAUGACUUUAUUGCAAUUUAUCUCCUAUGUAAUGGUUUUCUUAAAAAAAAACAAGAUAUAGUGUAAGAACACACCGUUUCUUCAGCACAAGUUUAAAAACUGAAAGUUCAUGUUUAAAUUGAUAUGAGAAAAUAAGAAAAAUUGCAUUUAACAUAACCAAGGUCAGAAAA